GCUUGAAAAGAGGCUGUGGCUAUGCCUUUUAACUCUGGAGAGGGAGCAUAAGAAGUGUUUGUUUAAUGAAUGAAUGACCUAUCCAUUUAGGACCUGUUUAGACCCUGAGGAUAACCCUGUGAGUUGCUGAUAGUUCACUGGGUCUGGCCCUCAGUGUUGAUCUCAGUAUGCUGCGGCGAAAACCAACCCGCCUGGAGCUGAAGCUUGAUGACACUGAGGAGUUUGAGAGCAUUCGAAAUGACCUGGAGACCCGUAAGAAACAAAAGGAAGAAGUGGACGUCGUAGGAAUCAGUGAUGGAGAAGGUGCCAUUGGGCUGAGCAGUGACCCCAAGAGCCGGGAACAAAUGAUUAAUGAUCGAAUUGGUUAUAAACCCCAACCCAAGCCCAAUAAUCGUUCAUCUCAAUUUGGAAGUUUUGAAUUUUAGAGGCGGAUUGUCUGGCAUGCCAGAGCCCUGGAAUGGAGUAAAAUGAUGGCAGAAGUACAAACAAGAUUUAGAGAAUUGAGUGCAUGCAGUCAAGCAGAAUGUUUUACCUCCUGCAGAGAAACACUUCUGCAUGAGAUUACUGAUGCUUAACUUUUGCUCUAAGUGGAAAUCUAAACUCUAGUUUGUCUCUGGAAAAUUUGACUCUAUAAAACUUGUCUGAUUUUUGUUUUUAAAAAUAAAUAUAUU